CCCUAUUACAUUCCAUCCGACAUCCCAUCAAUCAGUUCCACCAUGACCACCGCAACAUUCAAACACAUCGACCUCACCUCCUACACCGGGCAACCCUGGAACAAAGUGGACGGCCCGGGUACCUCCUACACCCUCGCCGACCACACCCGCCCCGUGACCAACAUCCGCGACCAGCAGCAAGCCUUCACAACCAACAACUCCGGCUUUCAAGUGCUGCAUUCCCCGGCCAAAGAGCGUCUUUUCACCGACGACACCGCCGUGCGAAGCAGCUACUACGCCGACGUCGAAGCGCUCCUCCGCACGAACCUCCCCGGCAUCAAGAAAGUCAUCAUCUUCGACCACACCAUCCGCCGCCGCCAGAAGGACUCCCCGCGCCAACCCGUCCAGCAGGUCCACGUCGACCAAACCCCCGCCGCCGCCGAAGUCCGCGUGCGGCGCCACGCGCCCAAGGACGAGGUCGAGGCGCUGCUGCGAGGCCGCUACCAGAUCAUCAAUGUGUGGCGGCCGAUUGAGAACCCUGCCUCGGACUUCCCGCUCGCCGUGGUCGACUGGCGGAGCACGAAGCCCGAGGAUUUCGUCGGCGUGAACCUGCUGUACCCGAAGCGCGAUAGCUUUGAUGGCGAUGAUGAUGCGCGAGGGAAGGAGGUGCUGCCGGAUGCAGCGUCGCAUAGCUCGACGGUCGGGUAUGAGGUGAAGGGGGAGACGAUGGCGGUGGCACCGAGCGAGGGGCAUCGGUUUUACUAUAUGAAGGAUAUGACGCCGGAGGAGGUUAUGCUGCUCAAGUGCUUUGAUUCGAGGGGCGAGGGGAUGGAGAAAGGGGUCCAGGGGAUUGCGGUGAGGACGCCGCAUACGGCGUUUGUAGAUCCAGAGACGCCGAGGGAUGCGCCGGGGAGGCAGAGUAUUGAGGUUAGGUGCUUGGUGUUUUACGAGUGAAGUUGGCGAAGGGGGAGGCAUUGCGGAUGGGAGUGCUGUGUUGUUCUGCGGCAUGUUAUGUUGCAUGGUUGCUAGAGGCUAAGAAUUCGAAUCUUUUUCAUGACAAGUCUUUGCAUAUGUGUGGGUAUUCUGCGCGCUUGUAGUUAGGUCGAAU